GGUGGAGAUAGAUAAGAAUGAGUGUUAGUGAAUCCGGGAGAGCGGAGUAGAGAUUAAGCUGGACAGUACUGAACUACUAGUAUAGAGAAGAAAUAACACUCAGCCGAACAUUUCCUUCAUUCAUCUGUAGACAAAGAAAAAGGAAAAUAAAGAGUUUGGCCAAAUUUCAGGGAAACCCAGAGAAACUGCUAAUGUCUUUAUCAAACCAAUCCCUGGACUUGAGUAACCAGCACUGGAUCCAAGAAAGCAAUGAAGGGUGUACUUUACUGGAAGACAGAUGUGGUUGUUCAAAGAAGGACGCAAAAUUGGAAACUGAAGAACAAAGCUGUAACUCAAGACCCAAACGAACACCUAAGGGCAAAGAGUCAUACACGUUGACAGGGCUUGGCGACGUCUCCUUGCCUACUGAUACACCUUUGACCCCCGUCUCCAUUGAUGACCUUUCUCCAAUCUCACCCAGCAAAUAUCAGCCUAUUUCCACUAGACGGCCAUCUAACACAUCUACCCACUCUCUGAAGGCCUUCAAGAGAUGGUUGAGCAGCCCAGUUCGAAAGCUGAGUCUGGGAGGAGGUGGCAAGGGUCAGAGCUCAAAUGUCAUUCAGAGCCCAGACAGGUCAGGCUAUAUGUUUCUACCCCUUUCACCAGCUCAAAGCCCAUUGAGCCCAACAGAGACGUCCAAAAAACUGCCCCACUCCUACAGAUCUCUGGACUGUGAUGAACUUUCAGGGCCAGCAUCUCCUGACAGUCCCUAUUACCCAAGAUACCUAAAUGAUCUCUUGCAGAGGCAUCAGUCUUGCGAUGUGCUUUAUGGGGAGAGAGGUGCCUCCUUAAAUGAUGAAACACACAUACAAUCGCUGAGCCUGCAUGAUGAAGAACAGGAGAAAAUAAAUGCAUUAGAGAAAACCAUAUAUGUAAUGACAGAGCUGGUCGAGACAGAAAAGCUAUAUGUGGAAGAUCUUGGGCUUGUAGUGGAGGGUUAUAUGGCUACAAUGAAAAGUGUUGGAGUGCCUGAGUAUUUGGAAGGAAAGGAUAAAAUAGUGUUUGGGAACAUUCAUCAGAUCUAUGACUGGCACAAAGACUUUUUUCUUGGAGAGUUGGAGAAAUGUAUGUCUGAACCUGACCUGCUGGCACAACUGUUUAUCAAAAAUGAGAGGCGGCUCAACAUGUAUGUGGUCUACUGUCAGAACAAGCCGAAGUCAGAGCAUAUUGUCUCAGAGUACAUUGAAACCUAUUUUGAGGAACUGAGACAACAGCUGGGUCACAGACUGCAGUUAAAUGACCUGCUCAUCAAACCUGUUCAGAGAAUCAUGAAAUAUCAGCUGCUGCUGAAGGAUUUCUUGAAGUACUACACUAAAGCAGGUAGACAAACAGAAGAUCUUGAGAGGGCAGUGCAGGUGAUGUGUUUUGUUCCAAAACGAUGUAACGACAUGAUGAAUGUUGGAAGACUUCAGGGUUUUGAGGGUCAGCUGAGAGCACAAGGGAAACUCUUGCAACAGGACACCUUUACAUUCAUUGAGAAUGAGAACAGCAUCCUCUCCCGUCCCAAGGAGAGACGGGUGUUCCUCUUUGAGCAGCUUGUCAUCCUCAGUGAGCCAAUUGACCGCAAGAAAGGCUUUUCCCUGACAGGAUACAUCUAUAAAAACAGCAUCAAGAUUAGUUGUUUGGGCAUUGAGGAUUGUUGCCUAGACGACUCAUGUCGGUUGGUGUUGACGUCUCGUAAUGUAGAUAGAAGCAUCCAGCGAUUCGUUCUUCGGGCAUCAACUCCAGAAAUCAGAAUGUCCUGGGCAAAUGACAUCAUACAGAUGCUGGAGACACAGCGCAACUUCUUAAACGCUCUGCAGUCUCCUAUUGAAUUCCAGAGAAAAGAAAUUAAAUCCCUCAGCCUGGGAAAGAACAUAACAACAUCACCCUCACUGAACUCUGACCUGCGACCCUAUAGCUCUGCCUCAGUGGACCGCCAGAGUUUGCCCUGCCUGCGCUCCUGGAAUUCCUCACAACCUUCCACGCCUCAUUGAAAGGUCAAUGUUUGCUUGAUUUGUAAAGUUAUCAUAAUUUGUUCGUUAACCCCCCCAAAAAAAAAAAAAUUUUCAGAGGGGUCAAUCUGGUAUUUGUACUCGCAUAUGUUUUCACUCUAUUCCUUUAAUUAUCAGCCUACCCUACCCUCAGGAGAACAUUUUAAGACUUAGUCCAUUUCCGUGCUAGUUAUGUCCAAUAAACCCUGAUAACAAAGACUGAAUUGAGUUAAUUAACUGAUUUAUUCUUCCACCUGCCAUUUCAAAAUGAAAAUUCACACAAACCAUAAAUUCAACACAACCUUCAGUAACCAAAAAUGGUAUCAAGUAUUUUGUUACCUUAACCAAAAAAUAAAGUAGUAUUGGACUGUAUGCACUAAACUUUGCCUCAGUGACGAUAUCAUUUACAAAAUAUUGAGAAUGUGUAUGUAGCUACUGAUAAUCUAUAUAACUGAAAUUGGUUCUAAAUGAUAUAUAAUGUGACAGUACUGUAAAAUUUCAGGUAUGUGUACUACCUGAAAUCAAGCUAUCCAGUGUUACUUUUUCUUAUUCAGAUGUUUACAUUGUGUAUUCACUGAACGACUCUAUAGAUUUUUCUUUUGAAAGCUGUCAAUUAAAGCAUUUUCAAGUGAUCCAAGACUUCUGUAAGUCUAUAUUCCAACUUUACUCACCAUACAAGAUUUACACUUUUCUUAAAGCUACACUGUU